AUGGUUUCAGACGAGGUUAUGGGGCCUGCGGCUGAGGAGCUGGAUGAAGACCUUGACGAGAAAUUCCCAAACCGCCCACACAAUCAUUCUCCUACACUCCCAUUCCACGAACUCUUUCUCACCCUCUUCAACCCGCUUAGCGAAAUCAAGAAGAGACCCGCAGGCCAAGGUCCCGCACGCCGGAAAGUCGGUCCUAGUGGAAAGUCCGCCGCGAACCUCAACCCCAUCGAAAGGCGACGUGAUAUCAUAGAGCGAUUCAUAUCCCGGUGGAGGAGGGAGGUGGGUGAUGAUAUCUACCCGGCUUUUAGGCUGAUUCUUCCGGACAGGGACCGGGAUCGCGCGAUGUACGGUAUGAAAGAGAAGGUGAUCGGGAAGAUGCUCGUGAAAAUCAUGAAGAUCGAUAAGAAUUCCGAGGACGGGUUUAACCUGCUCAAUUGGAAGCUACCGGGACAAACAGCGGCGACUCGGAUGGCUGGCGAUUUCGCCGGUCGAUGCUACGACGUGAUUUCGAAACGGCCGAUGCGGACGGAACUCGGGAACAUGUUAAUCGAAGAGGUGAAUGAAAAACUCGACCAGUUGUCCGUAGCUUCGAAGGAAGAAAACCAGUUACCCAUCUUGGCCGAAUUCUAUCGUCGGAUGAGUCCCGAGGAGCUUCUGUGGUUGAUCCGGAUUAUCUUGCGACAGAUGAAGGUUGGAGCCACGGAGCGGACAUUUUUUGACGUGUGGCAUUCGGACGCAGAAAAUUUGUAUAGUAUCUCUAGCAGCUUACGGCGCGUCUGCUGGGAGCUCCACGACCCUAAUCUUCGACUGGAGGCAGAAGACCGGGGGAUAACACUGAUGCAAUGUUUCCAACCCCAACUGGCACAGUUUCAAAUGCAUUCGCUGGAGAAGAUGAUUAGCCGAAUGAAGCCAACAGAUGACGAUCCGGUUUUUUGGAUUGAAGAGAAGCUCGAUGGAGAGCGUAUGCAGCUCCAUAUGGCACCUGAUAGUUCGUUACCUGGAGGCCGGAGGUUUGGCUUCUGGUCGAGGAAGGCCAAGGACUACACGUAUCUCUACGGGAACGGGAUACACGACGAGAAUGGCGCACUGACCAGACAUCUUGGGGAUGCGUUUGUGGACGGUGUACAGAGCGUAAUUCUGGAUGGUGAGAUGGUCACAUGGGAUCCCGAGCAGGAUGCGCCUGUUCCGUUCGGUACAUUGAAGACAGCUGCAAUUGCUGAGCAGCGGAAUCCCUUUUCGACGGGACCACGUCCUCUUUUUCGUGUUUUUGAUCUAUUGUAUCUGAAUGGGCGCGACGUGACGAAGUAUACUCUACGUGACCGUCGGAAUGCCUUGCAGAAGGCUGUGAAAUCAGUUAACCGAAGACUUGAGAUACAUCCGUAUCAAGAGGCCACCACUACCGCAGAGAUUGAGACCGCCCUUAGAACAGUUGUCGCGGAAGCCUCUGAAGGGUUGGUGUUGAAAAGCCCUAGAUCGCCUUACCGGUUGAACGAGCGACACGACGACUGGAUGAAGGUAAAGCCAGAGUACAUGACUGAAUUUGGGGAAUCUUUGGAUCUCAUUGUGGUUGGCGCGUAUUACGGCAGCGGUCGUCGGGGUGGUUCUCUUUCCAGCUUCUUGUGCGGACUGCGCGUCGACGGCGCCCAGAGCUCACAAAGUACCAAUCCCAUGAAAUGCUACUCCUUCUGCAAGGUCGGUGGAGGCUUCAACGCGCAAGACUACGCGAAUAUCCGCCAUCACACAGACGGCAAAUGGAUGGAUUGGGAUCCAAAGAAGCCACCGAUGACAUACAUCGAGCUGGCUGGUGGGGAUGCACAGUACGAACGACCAGACGUAUGGAUUAAGCCAGAUGACUCGGUUGUUCUGUGUGUCAAGGCGGCGUCGGUUUCUGUUAGCGACCAGUUCCGAAUGGGACUGACUCUGCGGUUCCCGCGGUUUAAGAGAUUACGCAGUGACAAGGACUGGAAGACUGCUCUUUCUGUGCAAGAAUUCCUCGAUCUCAAAUCGAAUGUGGAACAGGAGCAUAAAGAGAAGGAGUUCAGUGUUGAUAACAGUCGUAAGAAGCGGGUUAAGAGAACGACAAAGAGGCCUCUUGAAAUCGCAGGAUACAAUGCAGACAAGGAGGUUGGAUAUGUUGGACCGUCUGGUCGUAUUUUCGAGGGGUUGAACUUUUACAUCUUGACGGAUUCAAGCGUACCAGAGAAGAAGUCGAAAGCUGAGCUGGAACACCUUGUCAAAGCCAACGGGGGUAAAUUCUUUCAGACGAGCACUGCUGCACCGAAUACCAUUUGCGUCGCGGAUAGAAGAACGGUGAAAGUUGCAUCCCUGCAAAAGAGUGGUGAAAUAGAUAUAAUCCGACCUUCAUGGCUCAUGGACUGUGUCAAGCAAAACACAGUCGAUGUAGGUCUUCCAGACUUACUACUGCCCCUUGAAGCAAGACACAUGUUUUUCAUGACAGCCAACAAGCAAGAAGAAGUCGAAUCGAACCUCGACCAGUUCAACGAUAGCUAUGCCCGGGACAUGACAGCCAACGAACUCAAGGACAUCCUCGAACAGAUGAGCAAAAAGUACAAUUUUGACAGCUCGCAGUGCCCCGAUACAAUCACCAAAAUCACCGAACGUAUCCAAGAACGUGCAUCCACCGGUUAUGAAACCCCAAUUGGCUGGCUGUUUAAAGGUCUCACUUUUUACUUUAACCAUCCCCAAACUGAGGAAACAAAGGAGACAGACCAAGCACAAAGCCUCCGCACAGUCGCAAUGGCUAAUAUCGCCCGAUUCGCCGGCGCGGAUAUUGCCUCUGACACAGGAGACAAGUCCAUAACGCACGUAAUUAUGGACCCUGACACGCCGGCUGCGGAGAUAUCCGCGUUUCGGGGAUCGUUGGCGGCCCGAGGCGCUGGGAGGAAAGUGCCGCAUAUCGUCACGAAUAAGUGGAUUGAGGAGAGCUGGGAUGCGAAGACGUUGUUGGACGAGGAGAGGUUUCAACCUGCUAGGUGA